CUCGCUGCAGCACUCGCCGGCCGGAGCUCGCGCGAGUCGGUCGCGCCAGCCACACACAAUGUCAUAGACACGAACUUUGCAAAAAUUAUCCUUUCCUCUCUUCUCUAAGUAACCACACGUAUCAUGCUUAAACGUUAAGUCGAAAAAUUUGGUGCUCAAAAAUUAAAUUUUAAACUCUAAAUUAUUAUUAGUAAGAGAGAUUUUAUCGUAACUAUUUUUUUAUAGAAUUACGCGGAUUGUUAUGGAUAGUUGUUGAUAGAUAAAGCAAGUGUGAUAGAAAGCUGACAUCAUGAACUUCAUAGGCGCAGUCGGCGGCGACGGCGACGACAGCGAUGACAAGGAGAAGGAAGAAGAAGCAGAACGCGAACGGCAGGAGGCCAUCAAGGAGGCUGAGGACCGUCGCAAGGAGAAACACCGCAAGAUGGAGGAGGAGCGGGAAAAGAUGAGACAGGAGAUACGGGAUAAGUACAAAAUCCCCAAGAAGGAGGAGGUGGUGGAGCAGCAGCCCAUGGAGCCCGACAACCCGCUCAUGAGGAAGAAGAAGACGCCCGAGGAGCUGGCGGCCGAGGCCGAGCUGGAGGACCAGGACGAGUUCACCAAACUGAAAAACACCAUCGAAACGCAAGUGAACGAAUUAAAGUCUCAGAUCGAAAGUAAGUGUGUGAUGCAGUGAGUGCGCGGCGGCGGCGGCGCAGCGGCGGCGGCAGCGGGGCGCCGCAACCAACAUGUUUAUCAUUAUAUUAAUCUGAAUACAUGAUGUAGCUGUGUUAAGGUCAUUGUUACGAUGCCUCACAACCCGUACACACCAUCACCCCUCACCCCCAGAAGAAUAACCCAAACGUUACGUUCAAAAACCGUAUCAUUCGCGCUCAAACAUUUUUGUAGGAGAGAUUCGAAAUCAUUUUUUUCGGAACGUAGUUGGCUAGUGGCGCGUUGGUGCUUGAUAAUGAGCAAUAAUAUUUUUAUACAUUCAUAAUAAAAAUCGUGGAGAGCAGCCCUCGAGUAUCAGCCGAAAAGUUUGCGAGAUUUCAAGAAACGCGUUUCUAAACGUUAGGUCAAAAAGUCAUGGCGGCUAAACAGAAUGGCGGUAACCGGUUACUGAAGAUGACGCGCGAAACAAUCCAGUUUUAUAUGUUGAUGCUUGUGAUAUAUUGUUAUUUAAGUGUAAAGAGGAAAUAAAUUUAAAUACAACUAGAACGAAAAUAAAGGGAAAUGUAAUUUAAGGAGCCUUUAGCACGCGUGUAGAUAUCUCGAAAUCUCUGCUUUGUCUGAAUACUAACUUCACCUUCUGUCGGUCAUCAAUCACUCUGGGUUACAUUGAAAUAACAAUGUAUUUCGAUAUCUAUAUAACUACCUACCUACAUGUAUUUGUUUCAUCCAAAUUCCACUCAGCUUGUAUGUCCACGGUUACACACUAGUACAAUAUUACCGGUUUCCAGACGGUUAAUUAGUCGGUAAAGUUGUACGCUUCUCUGCGCAAUGUGCACUCUUGUCUCUCUCUCUGUACUAUCUAUUGUAUCUACAAUUCGCCUAAAAUCUUUUGCAUGCGUGCUUUGUCAGUGUCGAUCAGUGUUGUGCGUUUUGUUCUAGGGUGUACAUAACCAAACCUAGCCUUAAUACCCACAUCGAAAAUUAUAAUAGGAGCAAUAUUAUAAACGUAUUGUUGUCACCGAUAUCGCUAACCUGAGAACUUAAAGUCUCAGACUUAGCUACCCUAAUGUCCACUUUAUCUGCAUGUCUUUUAAUAAUAAGAUGGAUGUUUAGAUUAAUGUAAAGAAAUAUGUAGAUAGAGUACCGUUUAAAGAAGUUAACGUGAUAGUCGGGUUACAUUUGAAUCUAAAUAGAGUAGCGCGUUAUUAGUUAAACAUUUAAUUCAAAUCGAUGUUUUAUGCUUAGGAUUAAAGAACACGAUGUGGGAGCAAUUCUUCGAGCGAUUACAGCCCUCGAUAUGGAUUGAAGAGUACAAGAUAAUUUUGUUGACAUAAUUAUUACGCAGAUACUGCUAAUGCUUGAUGAGGAAAUGAAAGGUAAUGGCCAUCAAAAGGUGUUUGAAGUAAUAAUUAUAUUGACAAAAGCCGCGAAGCCUGUCCCACCCCGUCUGAUGUAGAAAGCACAAAGAAAAUUGUUCGAACAAUUCCUCCGCAAUUGAAGCUGCAACUGCAAAAGAUUUGUUAUCGUCAAAAGCUGUGAUAUAAGAAUUAAAUAAAACUUUAACGAAAACGCCGAGCGCAAUCUGCGAGGCAGCUCUUCCAUUCUUCUCUUCAUUAGCAUCUCUCUUUCCAGUUAAUACUAAACUAUCACCAUCUUCAACUCAAUCUCAUUCGCGUCCCUUUGAACCAUGUAGGUCCCUCAUCUCAUCUCCUCCUUGUCUGCAAGCAGCACAUCAUGUAUUUUUAAUGUUUAAGUUGAUCUCCGCAAUGUUGGUACGCAAUAAUAUACGCAUCACGCUUGCUAUUUCUACAUUCAUUUUCAAAACAUAUCUCUAUACAAGAUUUAUAUUUUGCAAUAAUUGUUUUGGACGCCUCGAUGUUUCAUCCACGUCAAUUAUACCUACCUUCUAAACGCAAAUUCAAAAGAAUAUUUAUCAAUAUACACUCACAAUGUAAAUAGGAAAAUGCAAUAAUUUCUGAUUGUUUACUGAGAAUGCGAAUCUAUUUUCUAAUGUUUAGGAAACGAGAUAUUUUCUUGCACUAUUCACUGCACAUGUUGUAUAUUUUCAUAGCUUCUUUCAAUAGCGUCUUCUGCUUCAUUACUAUGUACUCUUACCUCAUGAUAUAUAUCGUUAUACAUAAAGAAAAAUAUAUUUAAAGAAUGUUAACUUGAGAUGGGCAUCGCUUCUUCAAAGUCGUUCGACCCCGUCCGUAAUUUUCCAUUUCAAAUUUCACCUCUACUAAUAAGUAUAACUUUAAAAUUUCUUGCUGUGUAUGUGUGACUAGCCUAGGUAUAUCAAUCUAUAUUAACAUAAUAGUUAUACGUAUGCAUGACAGUCAUAGUUUAACUGUUGUUAGUAGUUCAAAAUUAACAAUAAUAGUAAUUAAGAAUCAGUGGAACCUGUAUGCGUAAUAUAAUUUCGACGAGAUGACCAAUUUGGUUAAGAAGUACACUCAACACUCUCCCCAUCACUGUCCUGUCGUGACCCGCUUUCUCUGUUAGCGCUGUGUGUGUAGUCGAUGUCUCCUGUAUCCCGCUGUCUGCUCCUUGCUCUUUCCCUUCGUUGUUGACUUCAAUUAACGUAGACUAGACGAGGUUAUUUAGUAAAAUGUUAUUUUCGUAUAUAGUGAAAACUAAUGUUAAGUAAAACCGUCGUUUAUAUGCGCUAAAUGUCACUAUACUAACCAGUUUUGUUUCCAGGUUUCCCUUAUGUUAAGUUAAUGUUUGCAUGAAGGUGUGUCCAAAAGAAGUGUGCGUAAUGAGCUCUUGUUAUUGGUGUCGUUCUCUCUUCAAUAAGUCUUCUUUUUCCAGAAUUUCAUUUCACUUGCUUCAGAACUGCUCUCUGCAACUGUAUGUAAAGCUUUCGAUGUUCGGUGUCUAGUAAAUAAAAUAUGGUAUUGAUAAUUACAUAAUAUACUUAAUAGUUGUUUGCAGCCAGUGAUGUGUAUUUGUUAUAUGACAACAUUGCUUCGAUGCGCGAUUUUAAAAGGGAAUUUGGGUGAUAUCAAAUGGUUGUACACACUGAAUUUCACACUCUAAAACAGAAAUCUCUUACCCAACAGUCUUUCAUAAACUUAAUAUUAUAUAUGUUUAAGUGCAAGUUAAACUCACCUUGCCUCACACACCAACAGUUGACAUUAUAUUUUCUUCAAUAUUAUUAUCGGAUAUAGCGUUUAUAAAGAGGUUUAUACAAGGUAGAUGUGUAGCUUAGUUAUAAUUAUGAUAAUCAAAAUGUUAUUCUGAUGUAAUCUGUAAUUUAACUUCGUUUGUUACUUUAGAACCACUGUCCAGUCUUGUGACGCGACCAAUGUCGGGCGGACUGUCUCUACUUAGUUCGUCGGUUUUGAAUUUUAAUGAUCUUAUGACUUUCUUACUCAGGGUAAUAUAUAUGUGCAUUAACUGUUUGUUGUCUAUUUAUAUAUCUAUAACUAUAUAUCUGUAUGUUCAGUUAGACUACAUAGAGAUGGUAUGACUUUUUGACCUGCGGUGGGUCUCUUCUUAUCCUUCUACAAAAAGUGAUAUAACUUCUGAAUUUAUAUAUCCAUGUUCCUCUUUCCAACCUGUAGGAUUCUUUCAAUGUUAUUUAUUAUAUCCCUAGCGGGUUCAUUGAAAUUGAGUAGACUUAUACAAUUUAAUACUAACCUUGUUAAAUAUUUUAAUAUUAGCCUAUUGAUGAUGAUAGAUUUGCACUAGGUAAUCUUAGGUCACACGUUACGAUGGUUGAUACAAAUUUUGAUCUUUGAACAACGUAGAUAGAUCUCAAAUAAACAAUGACUUUUAGUGAUUUGAGUCAAAAGGCGAUGAUGACGAAAGGAGCACAUGUUUUAGUAAUAGAUGACGAUGGAGUUGAAGUUUUAACAAGAUCGAGUUAAGGUGAUGUUGAGAUUGUUAACCAAUUGACACAUGGCGCAAGUUAGAAGUAAUCCGCAAUAUUUAAUAGUAAAUAGACGAACUUUUAGAGACAACGACACAUACAAUACACAAGAGCUUCAGAAUCACACACUUUGUUACAUUUAGUUGUAAUUUUAAGGUUUUCUUAACAAGUACAGUAAUUGAAGGACAUUUUUAUCAACAUCUAAUUCGGGAACAAUAAUAGCGAAACGAUUUUUCAAAUACUUAGUUGGAGUUUUCAAUUUGUCCUAAGAUAUUUUAAUUUAAUGUUACAGUACUCAAUCUGGACACCUACAAUAACAGAUAUUUCCCUGUAAAUUGUAGAUGUUGCAGAUUGGUCCAUGUUUAAUUCAUUCAGUUAAUAUUAAUUAUACAAUCACUUAUAAUAGUGCAUUAGCUUUUAUUAUUAGUGACAACUAGUGUUAAUAUUUGCAAGUUUACGGAGGCAAAUUAAAAAGUAAAAAUUUAAAAACAUUACUCUUACAAUAUGAACUUGGUUCAUAUGAAUGUUGUAUUGUUAUAUUAAAGAAGGUUAGUAGUUUAUCCAUGAUUACAUUAACAUUUAGAGUAAUGGAUGAAAAAAAAAACAAAAAAAAUCGAAGGGGUUAUUGUUGAUAAUGUUUUUAGGUAUUAAAGUUGGAUUGAGCUUUUGUGAAACCUGUUGUUAAUAUAAAAUUAGGCCCUUAUUUGCAAUGUUUCUGCAGCUACUUAAAACGACUGCCAUAUGAUCGGAACUUUCUUUAUCUGCUAUCAAAACUGUUACAUUAAGAUCAUCAUCUACGUCUAACACUUUAUAAACAUUUACGACACGACUCUCAACAAGACCAAGCACUGGUUCUGAAAAAUCUUAAUCCACCAUCACUACAUGGAUUUAAUUUAAACUGGAUAGGUUAAUAAAAACAACUGACACGCAGGUAGAGUCGUGGAUGGCUGUAAAUUUAUAAAGAAUUAGAUUUGGAUCAGAUUUGAUAACUUAUACUAACUUAACUUUAAUUCUAACUACACAUCUUUAAGUAGUUUAUGCAAUACGUAGGCUUCUUCGCUAUGAAUUAUGUUAUGAACUGUUGCAUUGUUAAAUUCAUUUGAGGUCCUUUACUGAUUAGUUUAUGUAAAAAGUUUAGAGGUUACCAUUUUCAUAUGUGCAUUGUGCGAAUAUGAAAAUGGCUUAACUACCAUGUUGUUAAAUAAUAAAUAAACUACAUUGUACCACCA